AUGAGACGCCUGCAUGUGCGCAUCCACAACUUCUACGAGGACGAUGAUGCGGAACCUGCAAAGGCUCUGUCAGAGGAGCAACGACAGUUCAGACCGUCUCCAUGGCCGUUUUCAGCUCCUUUUACCUCUCCGAGGGCUGGGGACGAUGCACAGCCCCACGGUCUCGUCGCUGACUCUGUAGAACGUACUGUUCUCACGCAAGAUGUGGAGCGGAGUGAGUCUUCUCAUAACAACAGCAGUUACAGCAGUGCGUCCAUCGAACGCGUCAUACACUGCGAAGGGACUACCUUUCCACCAAGUUUCACCUCUAAUUCGGCACGCAACUUUUUCGUCGGUGACAAGCAUGUCUCUCUGCGGUUGUUAGAGGAGUCCGUGGAGGAAGCCGUGCGUGAUGUGCACCGGCUGGAUGCGCUGACCCGGAAGGCUGUGUGGCAUGUGCUGACUCAGAAACCCAGCACUCGCGACGCAAAGCUCCGCAGGAGGUCCACCACUGCAUCAGCGCACAAGGUAUCUCCAGGCACACAGCGAGGUGCCUCAGUCUCUACAGAAGUGCAUCACAGUCCCAUGGGCUAUUCCGGGUUGACAGCGCUUGUGCAUGACAGACCAUUUCUUCCACCCGAUCGCUACCCCACAACACCAGCGUUGCAGGGCACGCCCGACCAUUUUGCGCGAAACCUCUCUGGCGCUUUGUUCGCAGCACACCAUGCUGGUCUCUUUGAAAAGCAGCGAGUGUGGAUGCAGCACCGCCUGCCCCCCAGAACAACUGAAGCUACAGUCGUCGCAAGGAUUCCCUCAUCCUCGCCGAUCUCGACUCGACGUAAAGCGCUGCAACGGGUUUCCAGCUUGGCAAGCUUCGCAGCGGUUGCAUCUCGGAGCGGCAGAGCCACCUUGACCUCCAGAGGUAGUCGCGUGGGCGUACCGAUGACAGACCCUGUUGACAGCGAGGCAGAGCUUGUGCGAUCGUCUGUAUCGCUGAUCAUUCUCCGCGUCGCGAAGGACCGCGCCAUCGCAACUGUAUUUCUUCGUCAACUACACCUCGAGGUGUGCAAACGGCGGGUUCUCCGCGUGGAUGCCGACGUGCGUUAUCGCUACUACGUCCAACGACGCUUGCUGCGGCGAUGGAGCAGCGCGGCGGCAAUGCAGCGACGCUGGCGCAUCUCUCUUCUGAUGAGCAUAAUCCUGCAUUGGCAGCGUUAUGUGCGGAGCCGAAAGGCGCUACACAUCGUCCUGUCCUCGUGGAGGUGGCUAUUGCAGCAACGACGUCGAGCCUUUGACGCGUGUCAGCAAGCACAACGUCAGCGCUGUUUCCAGCACUGGCUCCGAGCCUUCACCUGGCGUCGUGAACGCAGCGCGCUUUAUGAGGCUGCUAGUCAGUUCGCCGCAUCUCGGCAGCGGCGGGACCACGUCCAAGCACUGCUUGAGGGACAUGGUGGGAAUUCAGAGGUGCUAGCGCUUCUGCAGGGAAGACCACAUGUAUCCGGCAAGAGCUCUGUGGUCGUGACCGCGGUUGGACCUCGAUUGCUCUUGCGGCGCCUCUUUUUGGCGUGGAGGCAACGGACGGAAUGGCGGCUGGUGGCGCAUCUGGCUGUGUGGCACUAUAACCAGCAGAUGCGCGCCAAUGUCAUACGACGGGUAUGCAGGUGUGCGCGACGUGUGGCCCUACAGCACCACCGCAGCUGCCCCGAGCAUCAGCGGCAGCGCUCUGCACCCGUUGCACAGAGCGUGGAUGCAGCCAGCAGCGUCAUGGAGGGGCAAUCGCGAACCCCGCUUCGUGUGUACAUUGUUGCUGUUAAGCAGAGAGGAGUUUUCAAGUACAAGACCAGCGCAGCGGGUUUCAUUGCACGCGCGGCUCAGCUCCGCAAGUGCUUUAAUCGCUGGCACAUUCGCGGGCAAGCCCGUCGAGCGGAUCGUUUUCAUCUCCAGUGCGUGUACGCGUACGCCGUGUGCCGAUGGCUGCAGGCCCUCGCUGUUCUUCGUGCGCGCCGGCAGCGAAAGCAGCAAAUUCUGUCUCGCUGGGUGGUGGCCACGCAGCAUUGCCAGACGGCUGCAGUGGCGUCGAAAUCGCAUAUAUAUCAGCUCUCUUGCCGCGCACUCCGACGCUGGCGAAGCCGUCUCACAGCGCGUCUGAGGCAUCGAGUGCAGCUGCUGCAAGGCUGCUUCGAGCGUUGGCGGGAUCGGGCGGUGCUGCGGCGAGCAGCCAGGGCUCUGCAGUGCACGCGAAAGCGCAGUUUGCUGCAACAGUGGCACCACCAUGCGCAGACACGCGUACAGAUGCGCAUACACCUCUAUGUGGCGGAUACGAUCAGUGAAACAGCGCUUGUACUCGGCUGCUUUCGGCGGUGGCGCUUUCGUGCUGCGGAGCGGCGUCGAGCUCACCUCGCGUGGGACGUUCUGAUGCAGCUGCGGCGGGAGCGACUGAGCCGGCGUUGCUUCGAUGUAUGGCGUCGGCGCACCUUUGGUCCAGCACUGCCCUGGGCAAAGAACCUCAGCAAGGAUCGUUCCUUCCCUGCCAUGCCGCUUCUUGUGUGA